AUGUUUCAAUCCACUAAUUUCUGCAGAGGAUUUUCCGGCGGAUACCACGAGUAUUUUGGCCCAGGAGUCGACGAGGAGGGCGUGACGUACCUCACUCUAGCCAACGAUAUGCUCCACGCCCUCUAUCCAGAGUGCAUCACCGUGGCCGAGGACGUCUCCGGCAUGCCGGCACUGUGCCUCCCGCAUUCCUUGGGAGGUGUCGGAUUCGACUACCGUCUCGCCAUGGCCGUACCAGACAUGUACAUUAAGCUCCUGAAGGAGAAGUCGGACAACGAGUGGGACAUCGGCAAUCUCUCCUUCACGCUCACCAACCGGCGCCACGGCGAGAAGACGAUCGCCUACGCCGAAAGCCAUGACCAAGCACUAGUCGGCGACAAGUCCCUGAUGAUGUGGCUCUGCGACAAAGAGAUGUACACACACAUGUCCGUGCUGACGGAAUUCACCCCGGUCAUCGAACGCGGCAUGGCCCUCCACAAAAUGAUCCGGCUAGUCACCCACAGCCUCGGCGGCGAGGGGUACCUCAAUUUCGAAGGCAACGAAUUCGGACACCCGGAGUGGCUCGACUUCCCGCGCGCCGGCAAUGAUAACUCCUUCUGGUACGCGCGGCGCCAGCUGAAUCUCACCGAGGACCCUCUGCUGCGAUACCAUUUCCUGAACGACUUCGACCGUGCCAUGCAGUUGACCGAAGAGAAAUACGGCUGGCUGCACGCCGCGCAGGCGUAUAUCAGUCUCAAGCACGAGGGCGAUAAGGUGCUUGUCUUUGAGCGCGCUGGUCUGCUUUGGAUCUUUAAUUUCCAUCCCAAGGAGAGCUACACGGAUUAUCGGGUUGGUGUUGAUGUCCCUGGUACUUACCGCAUUGUGCUUGAUACAGAUGACAAGGCGUUCGGGGGGCUGGGUCGUAACCUGAAGGAGACGCGCUUCUUCACGACGGAUAUGCCGUGGAAUGGGCGGAGCAAUUUUGUGCAGGUUUACAUUCCGACUCGUACGGCAUUGGUCAGUUCCUUUCCUUCCUUGUGGUGUCACGUCCCAAAAUCAAUCAGUACUGAUAUUCUUUCCGCACAGGUCCUCGCACUGGAAGACACUCUGUGA